AUGGUACAAUUCUAUAGUCUGUCUCUACACAUGACGUUAUCAUUGUUACUAUUACUGAUGUGCAAUGUAUGGGCUUUACCCUCUCGAGAUGCAUCGUAUAUUCUUUUUCUCAAUGCAUAUCUUAGCCCGGAUGCCCAAACUGCAGCCGCCGCCAGUAUUGGUAUUCAACAAGAACGAUUUUCAUUCUUAUGGUUAGAUGGAAAAAGAAAAAAAAAUGAUCUUUAUAAUUAUACAAAUGUACGUCUAUACUUUAAUCGUUUUCCGACAGAAGUAUGGCAAGACUUUGUUGUUGUUCGUGUUGUGAAGCUUUGGCCUUGUCAUCAUCAGACAUUCCAUCUACAAGAGAGACUUCAUAAUAUUUCUUUUAUUCUUCCUCACAUUGGACGUAUUUCUGUUAUUCGUAUUGUUAAAGAUAUGGUGUUAUCUAAACAACGCGUACUCGCUUCACUACAACAACAACAACAACAACGAAAACCUGAUAAUAUAUUAUUCUCAUCACGACAGCGACAAUGGUAUCCACGACGGUAUUUUAGAUUACCAUUAACUACACGAUGGACGGGUAAAGGUGUACGUAUAGCUCUACUCGAUAGUGGAUUGGACCCAUUGUUUUGUCCCUCAUCUAUGCACACCCAGCACCCACAGAAUAAUAAUAAUAAUAAUAAUAAUAAUAAUAACAGUACGAGGAAAGAAAGUAAUGAGAGUUCAAACACCGUGGAAACCACACCACUCUGUCUAUGCACGAGUUUUGUACCAAAUGUACCGUGUGCGAACCGUCAGGACUCUCACGGCACCUUCAGUGUUUCUGUAAUGGCCGGUAAUUUUUCAUUCACUCAACAUUCAUCUAUAGGAGCAACAAACACCUCAUGGAAUAAAUCCACUGUAAACACUAAUACUACUACAGAAGAGAGAGAGGAGGAAUUACCAUCUCCACAUGUACACUAUUAUGGUAUAGCACCUAAUGCGGAUAUUCACAUGAUGCGUGUUUUUGAUCAUAAUUCUAUUUCCCGCACAUUAUGGUGUGUUGCCGCCCUUAACGCGGCUCUUCAAUGGCGUGCUGAUAUCGUCAGUCUUUCUUUUGGUGGACAUGACUAUAAUGAUAUUAUCUUCACAGACGCUAUUACACAACUCACCGCAAACGGCAUAAUAGUAGUGGCCGCAGCGGGUAAUAGUGGGCCAAUGUUGGGAUCUGUGCAGAACCCUGCUGAUCAAAAUACAGUACUCGCCGUUGGAGCCCUCGGCACACUUGCAAAAAGUAUAUCUUUCCAUACAAAUUAUACCAAUACACAAAAAGAAAGAGAAGGAAUGAAAGAAGAAAUACGUUGGGUGUCUACAUUCUCUGGUAGAGGACCGAGUGUGUGGGAGUUGCCAUUUGGUGCGGGUCGUGUCCGGCCUGAUCUCAUUGCCCUUGGGGAACAUGUACUUGGCGUAGGUCGUGGUAUGGAUAAUAAUAAUAAUAAUAAUAAUAAUAAUAAUAAGAAGAAGAAGAAGAAGAAGAAGAAGAAUAAUAAGAAUAAUUCUUAUCAUUAUCCUAAUAAAAAUAAUAAACACUAUUCUAAUUAUACCGAUAUUGAUAAUGAUAAUGAUGAUAGUGAUAGUGAUGGUGUAUUGGAGUUGCGUACAUCGCAUGGUACUAGUGUAGCUGCACCGCUGGUGGCUGGAAUGGUGGCACUCUGUAUUGAGGCUAUAAGAGAUGUAAACAAGAAUUCACACAUUAUUAAUAUAGCUGUGAUUAAACGAAUAUUAAUGGAAACAGCGAUUGAAUUACAACCGAGUGCAUCUAUUAUGGAUCUUAUGUUUAAAGCCCUACGUCGAGAAAACGAAAAAGAAGAAGAAAAAAAGAAAAAAUUCUAUACUACUGGACCUUGGGGAAAUAUUCCAUUUAACCAUUAUGAUGGGAUUACCAUGACUGAGACACUUAUGCAUUAUCGUAAUAUUUUGCAGUUUAGUCGUGUUAGUCAAGGAGCCGGUGAGGCAUGUCCAAAGUGUGCACUCGCAUGGAUUGAAAAUUAUCAACAAAAAGAAAAAGAAGAAUUAUUAUCCCUGCGAUUAUUAGAAGGGUUUGCUUUUCCUAAAGAAAUAGAUGCCACUAGUAAACAUCAUAUUCAUAAUGAUGAUAAGGAGUCCUCUCUAUUAAAAGAUUUUUGUCUUAUGAAUUGGCCCUACUGUGAACAACCGUUAUUUCCUUCCGCAACACCUGUUGUAUUUAAUGUGAGUCUCUAUUCUCCACAAUGCCCUAAUGCCCAACUCGACACUUUUACUCCAAUUGUAGUCAUUACAGGUGGAAAAGGAGUUUGUAAUAAUAAUAAUAAUAAUAAUAAUAAGGAAAAUAGUCGCUAUUGUGGAGUAGGCGAUAUUGAGGUAAAUAUUGUGGAGCAACUCUUAUCUUUACGAGCAGAGGCUUCAUCUAUGUUGGAAGGGUAUAGUGGUUGGCUUUCAUUAUUUGCCUAUUCACCAUCGAAUGCCUCUUCUGUAUAUUUCAACUCAUCCUCUAAAGAAUCAUUGCAUGUGAAGUCAACUGAGAGAGUUUUCAAACACUAUGAUCUUGUAGUGGUAGAAGGAUAUGUGAUGGUACGAUUUACCUGUGAAACCACUCUCCAAGUUAAUAAUAAUAAUAAUAAUAAUAAUAAUAAUAAUAAUAAUAAUAAUAAUAAUAGUAAUAAUAGUAAUAAGAAAAAGGGAUUAAAUGUGUUUGGUUGUAAUAUCACGGUUCCCUUUAAAAUCCCUGUUGUUCCACGGCCACCACGGGCUCAGCGUCUGGUGUUGGAUGUCACUCAUCAGUGGUUUUACCCACCGGGCUCUAUACUCAAUGAUGAUAUCCGUAUAUCUACACAAACACAAACAUCAUCACAACAGGAGAAGAAACACUUUCAAAGAGGAAGAAGAAGACGAAGAAGAAGAAGAAGAAGUCACACCUUAUUUGAACAAGAUAGUGAUCAUCCACAUACAAAUAUGGUUUUAUUAUUACUUUACAUGCGUCGUGUGAUGAAACUCUUUGUAGAGAUUCCACUUCUGCAUCCCUUACCAUUCUCUCCUCAUAUAAAUGAUACUCUCAUGAUAUUCCAGCAGCAACAACAACAACAACGGCAGCAAGUUCUUGAACGUUAUUACCGUAGUGUAGGAAUGUUAUUACUAUUAGAUCCUGAACUUCCAUUAUUGGAGAAUGAGCGAUUUAUUAUUUCUCACGCUGUGCGGUAUCAUCAACUUCAUCUUAUUAUUAUUAGUGAUUGGUAUAAUGAAGAUAUAAUGCGUGAUAUGAACCCUACGGAUAAUAAUAAUAAUAAUAAUAAUACUUCUUCUAAUAUGACUGCUAAUAAUGCGGUGAAAGAUUGUAUAAAUAUCUCAUAUCGUUUAAAGGGUACAUGUCAUGUGCCUUCGUUAAAUAUACUUUUACGUGAUCUCAGUCAGGGUUUCCUGCAGUUGUCUACAAAACGUAUUGUGGAUGGAGAGUUGGUACUUUCAACAUCUAAUGAGGAACAUGUAUGGAGACAACAUUACUUUGGGCCAAUGAAUACAGCAGGUGUACUUCAGUGGCCAUUAAAUAGAUCAUUACAACACAGGAAUAAUAGUAAUAAUAAUAGUAAUAAUAAUAAUAAUAAUAAUAAUAAUAAUAAUAAUAAUAAUAAUAAUAAUAAUAAUAAUAAUAAUAAUAAUAAU